GCUGUGAAUGAGAGAGCCAUAGAGCGGGUGGGAGAGAUCGAGAAACGAGCAGAAAACAACAGAGGAAAAAAAAUGCCUCGUGCUCAACAGAAGAAAGGAAACAAACGAAUGUUCUGAAGUUAGGAGAAGCGCCACAUGUGGAAAUGAGACCGAGGGCUCUUCAGUUUCUCCUGCUGCCACGUGGAUUAUAAGAACACAGGCAGAAACGGCGCAACCAUCCAUCAGCUUGAUUUGGAACUGAAUACAACAAUGUGAGGACGUUUUUGAUUUCUGAAUAAAGGGAUGCUUGUUGCGCGCCUCGAAAAAAACAAACAUGGCACCGUUUGGGAGAAACUGAUUCACUUUUCCUUUGGGUAAGGCAUACCGAUUGCUCCUUUGCUCAGGGGUUCUUUGAACUGCCAUGGGUUCGAUACAUUGCUUGACUAUUCAGCUGAGUGCAUGCUUUUAUGUUAACUGAGGUGGACAGAAUGCUGACUUCACUGAUGAUCUUCCCCGCUGCAGCAGCCAACCAAGUCUUGAUUUAAAGCUCCAAACAUUACGGCUGCAGGACGACGCAGACUUUUAAGAGGAGUGAAUGUGGGAUGGUGAUAGGCACCUCAGGCAUGGGGCAGGGGUGACGGCUCUCCAUCGGUUGACUAAUGAACGCACGGUGCCCUCUGAGAACUUUCUCUGCCCCACUCUAAACUGGGCUAGCAUUUACAACCUAUGUACUGCUGAAAUAGGCAAAAGUAACUGUGGAGGAUCCACUGGGAUGUUUGGAGUAACCUCGGACAUCAUCUAGACACAGUAUCAGAUUCAAGCAUGUGCUUUGGCUCACUUCUUGGCUUCUGGUAGAAGUCGCCGUUUUGGAGCCGUGUGGGGACCUCUGCCCCUGCAGCACUCUGGCUGUUCUGCCAGGCUUCGUUAGCAUCCUGACGGCACCAUGCCUGGCGCUCGGGGUGUGGCUGCCCCUCUGAUGCUGAGCGCGCUGCUGCUGCACUUGGCCAGGGCCAGCCUGCCCGCCGGCUGCCUCCGAGUCUCCGACAUCCUCAGCUGCAGCAACCUGGGACUGGAGCAGGUGCCCAUGUGGCUGCCUGCCACCGCCGCAACCUUGGACUUCAACCACAACCGCAUGGUCCGACUGGAGGAGGACAGCUUCGUCGGCAUACCCCAUCUCAUCACGCUGCGGGUGGCCCAUAACCGGCUGAGCUCCCUCGCCCCAGGGACGUUCCGUAACUCAAGCAGCCUGCGGCACCUGGACCUUUCUUCCAACCACCUGUACAAGGUGGACAACCAUUACUUCCAAGAGCUGGUGGGCAUGGAGGAGUUGCUUCUCUUCAAUAAUCACAUCGCAAGAGUGGAGAGCAAUGCCCUGAUCAGUCUCCGCAGCCUCCGUAAGGCCUACCUCAGCCACAACCGCCUGACCGACUUCCCCUUCUUCUCCAUCCAGGAGCACAAACACCCCUUUCUGGUCACACUGGACCUGAGCUCCAACCGCAUGCUAAAGCUGCCCCUUGAAGACAUCUCGGCCCUGCCCGCCUCCGUGCAAAGCGGUCUGUUCCUGCACAACAACAGCCUGGUCUGCGAGUGUGCCAUGUACAGCUUGUUCCGAAUGUGGGAGCAGAAAGGCUUCGUCUCGGUCCAGGACUACCGGGAGGAGCACACGUGUUUGGUCUACGGGGAACCUCGUGCCUCAGUGCAGUUCCUGCAACACACUCGCUUCUUCGAGAACUGCACUGUAAAGGCGCAAAACCUGCUGGGGGAGACGAUGAGCAAUUUGCAAGUGUAUGCCGGACACUCUGGGCUGCUGCAAUGUCAGACCUCGUUGAAGGGAAGACACCUCACCUACCAGUGGGUGACCCCUCACCAGGAAUAUAUUGUCCCACCAGGCAACAACAAUGCAAUGCGUAUGUAUGCAAACGGAAGCCUGGAGAUUACCGGGGCACGAUUGGAGGACUCCGGCGUGUACUGGUGCAUGGUACAGGACCAUCAGCAGUCACGCAACGAGACUCAUGAGGUGAACGUGACGGUGAUCGUGCACCGGUAUGAGGUGGAGCCUUUCAACACGGGCUUCACCACUCUGCUGGGCUGCGUAGUCAGCCUGGUGCUCGUGCUCAUGUACCUUUACCUGACGCCCUGCCGCUGCUGGUGCCGCAAGCCGCCGCCGCUGCCUGCCACGCCCAGCCCCGCCUACGAAUGCAGUGCCCAGUCUUCAAUCCUGGUGCCCACGCCGCCUGCCACCACGGAGGGGCCCGGCCGCAAGGUCAGUAACAGCAAGCACGUGGUCUUUCUGGAGCCCAUCAAGGAGGCGCAGAACGGGAAGCUGAGGGAGGCGUCAGCCUCUGAUCAACCCAAGCCGCACGCUCCCCGAGGCGACGCGGGCUCCGGUGGCUCGUUUUUCUCAGACACCACCGUCGUGCCAUGACGUGAGCUUGCCCUCAUCCCCUGACCCCACACUCUACUAAAGCAGUGGGCCCUUCGGGUGGGGGUGGGGGAGUCUGCUACUUGCACUGCCUCUCAGGGCAGAACAGGGAUAUGUGUGUGUGUGUGUGUGUGUGUGUGUGUGUGUGUGUGUGUGUGUGUGUAGGGAACACUUUUCAAAGCCCACUGGCAAGAUAGGAAGCAGAGGGGAGAAAGGCAAAGAGAAAGCAAAGAAGCAGAGAGUAGAAGGGAGAGAAAGAAUAUGGCCAAGCGCAGGUAAGAAAACAACCGAGGACAAGCACUGCCCAGACCACGUACAUGGAGCUUAAGGCUCGGAUGAGCUUCGGGUGGUACCGAGGAAGUUGUGCAUGAAGCUUGGGAUGCGAACGCCGAAUGCCGGAGGCAGACCUACCCUUUUAGCACUGCUUGAGCCUUGAAGGAAUGAUAGCUGUACAGUAGAUGCCUUGUUUAGAGCUUAUAAGCCACUGCCUUGAACUGUAUACCCCAUUAUUCUACUAAAACAGCACAAUUAUUAGAACAUGUGGGAUGUGGUAGUUACGCAGGAAAUUUUUUUUUUAAACAAGAGUUCUAAAAUCUGAAAUCCAUUUUUUUUCCCCUCCCCACAUCUGAUUUUAUACUUGCGUUUACACCUCUUGGGCUUUUUGUAAAUCGUGAGAGUUUGAGGAAGAGGCUAAAGCUGAUCAAUUACAUGGUACAAAAGGGAGUGUUAUUUGGGAAGACAAACAUGGACCUGGAGCCACACUUCAGGAUAGGCUGAGCUCUUUAACUGGUUUGUUACUGAUGUUUGAACAUGUAGCCUGUUCCCACUGACAUCUGGAUGGAUACGUGGACUGAAGGAACUGAGAGAAAAGAUCUUGCUUUUGCUUAUAAGACUGGCAGGACUCUAUGAGUUAGUUUCUGCACUGGAACACAUUCCUCUGUUUGGCAUUCCACUUUCCUUUCUCACCCUUAACCUCUUCUCUCCUGUUUUUUUUUUUUUUUACCAAUCCCCUCUUUAACAGUCUCUUAAUAAAUCCUUCUGCUUCGACUCCAGAGGUAAACGUCUUCCUCGUCAGUGCUACAAACUCAAGACAUAUAUGUGUGUGCCUGUCAGCCUUGGAAAAGACCAUAAUGGAGUAUACCAGUGUUUGAGUGACUGGGGCAAGUGGGAUAUACUGGAGAGGUUAUCCUUGCUGAAAAGUGCCUCAAAAUAAUGUAAAAUACACAGAGCUGUAAUAAAGUGAGAGAUAUGGUCGUAGCACAAAUAGAUGGGCUUAAGUGGGGAUCUUUUCAGUAAAGAUUUCACAGGGAAAAUACAUUACAGUGCUGCCACAGAGGGAACUAGGACUAAGGGUGAAUGUCAGUUCAUCAGCACUAUGUCUCCAAGGGCAGCAGAAAUGCUUUGUCAGUGGAAAGGAAAAAUUUAAUUACAUUAAUCUAUGGCUCAAGAACAUGCAGCAAUAUACAAAUGAAAACCCAUAUAGAGGAACGUGUUUACUACUGAACAUUACCCUAGUGCCGAAGCUGUCCCUCCCCUGAAUGAACCGCAUACUAAAUCCUACCCCACUGUGUUUUCAAUUAAAAUGCACCAACUUCAUCACAAUUCAUCACCACUGUAACCAGGAAAAUCAUUACCACCAUCACAUUAUCAUCACCAUGUUAUAUGUUUUCAAAUUCCAUUCAAAAUCUUGUCCUACAUCUUUCAUGCAGUGGUUGAAAUUUAGUUAUAUUAAGUCAGGCAUAUCUGGUGCAUCAUCUUAGAAACAUUCAGAUGUGGGACAUUUCCAACUGGUGUUCAAUGCCCGAAUACAGGUUGCCUCUGCAGGGGUAAUCAUGGUAACCACGCACGCUGGGCCCCAGUGUUUCGAAUGUGUGUUCAUACCAUGAGGCAGCUGGGGGGAGACUUUAUGUAGUGGGUAUCCCUGCACAGCACAUGACCACACGAGUUCCGGCACAUUAGUGCAUUAUUCAUCACUGUGGGUCAAUACUGUCAUGCCAGUCAAUGACAAAGAGCCACAGUACGAGGGCAGACAACUAACUUUAAAUAGUCUACAUGCUGAUUAAAACUCAGCAUUUGGAUAGAAAUUUGUGCUCCUUUUUGCCAACUAUCAAGGAAACAUUCAUGUGUAUCAGUGGAAAAGGUCUGUUCCUCUACGAAUUAACCACGGACGGCGUAUUAGCCGUAGAAAGCCAGCCCUACCGGCUGGACAUGAUGAGCUCUGAUUCAUUUGCGUAACGUCUGCACAUGGGACUGCCAUCUGUGUGUGUCUGGGAAGAGGCAGCUUUCGAAGCCCAGGAAGAAAGGAAUGGGCACAUACACAGAUAUACACACACACACACACACACACACACACACACACACAGAAAGAUUUGGAUUCUGUAGCAUAUGCCAAGAUAUCUCCCUCAAUUACAGAAGAACCCUCAAUUACAGAAUAUAUGCACUGUGCGCAUAUAUCUUGGGCCACUAUUAUAUUUGUUUUAGCAAUGGUAUAACCAUAUCUGACAAUAUUUAAUUAUGUCUCUUUAUUAGAAUACAACCAGAAAAUAUAGGAAGUUGUUGGAAAUAUUAGAUUUGAAUUAAAAGCCAUGAAAGAAAAUCAGAAAAACAGCUUCUAUAGGCUACAGUGGCAAGUAUUUGGUGUGAUAGUCCCCUUACACUCAAGCAAUAGCAGCAAAAGACUAAAAAA